CUCACCGCCACCAUGAACCGCGACAGCAACAACACGCAGCAGCAGAAGCUCUCGGGCGAGCACGUCGCCGCGCACAACAACGCAGACUCGUGCUGGGUCAUUGUCCAUGGCCGUGCCUACGACGUGACCGAAUUCCUGCCUGAGCACCCCGGCGGCUCCAAGAUCAUCCUCAAGUAUGCCGGCAAGGAUGCCACCGAGGCCUUUGAGCCCAUCCACCCGCCCGACACGCUCGACAAGUACCUCGACCAGUCCAAGCACCUGGGCGAGGUCGACAUGAACACGGUCCAGCAGGACGAGAAGGAGCUCGAUCCGGACGAGGAGGCGCGCCAGAAGCGCAUUGAGCGCAUGCCCAUCCUCGAGCAAUGCUACAACCUCAUGGACUUUGAGGCCGUCGCCCGCAACGUCAUGAAGAAGACGGCCUGGGCCUACUAUUCCAGCGGCGCCGACGACGAGAUUACAUUGCGGGAGAACCACAGCGCUUUCCACAAGAUCUGGUUCCGCCCGCGCGUCCUCGUCGACGUCGAAAAGGUCGACACCUCCACGACGAUGCUCGGCACAAAGUGCGACAUACCCUUCUACGUCACCGCCACGGCGCUGGGCAAGCUCGGCCAUCCAGAGGGAGAGGUCGUCCUCACGCGCGGCGCGCACAAGCACAACGUCAUCCAGAUGAUUCCGACAUUGGCCUCGUGCUCCUUCGACGAAAUCAUCGACGCAGCAAAGGACGGGCAAUGCCAAUGGCUGCAGCUCUACGUGAACAAGGACCGCGCCGUCACCAAGCGCAUUGUGCAGCAUGCCGAGAAACGCGGCUGCAAGGGGCUCUUCAUCACCGUCGAUGCGCCUCAGCUGGGCCGUCGCGAAAAGGACAUGCGAAGCAAGUUUGACGACGUUGGCAGCAACGUGCAGAGCACCGGCGGCGACAAUGUGGACCGAAGUCAAGGCGCCGCACGGGCCAUCUCGUCCUUUAUUGACCCGAGCCUCAGCUGGAAAGAUAUCCCGUGGUUCAGGAGCAUCACCAAGAUGCCCAUCAUCCUCAAGGGUGUCCAAUGCGUCGAGGACGUGAUUCGUGCGGUCGAAAUCGGCGUCGAUGGCGUUGUCCUCUCCAACCACGGUGGCCGUCAGCUCGAGUUUGCCCGCUCGGGCGUCGAGGUGCUCGCCGAAGUCAUGCCCGUCCUUCGCGCACGCGGUUGGCAAGAUCGCAUCGAGGUCUACAUUGACGGUGGCAUACGCCGAGCGACCGACAUCAUCAAGGCUGUAGCCCUGGGCGCUAAGGGCGUUGGCAUUGGCCGGCCCUUCCUCUACGCCAUGUCUGCGUAUGGUCUGCCGGGUGUGGACCGCGCGAUGCAGCUCCUCAAGGAUGAAAUGGAGAUGAACAUGCGCCUCAUUGGCGCUUCAAGCAUCGCAGACUUGAACCCCUCGAUGCUUGACACAAGAGGACUGAGCAUGCAUACGGCACCUGUACCGCACGACACGCUUGGCUUGAAUGUCUACGAUCCCCUUGUCGGUCCACAAGAAAAGGUCGUCAAGGAAAAGUCAAAAUUGUAAACGAAUAUAUAGUUGUACUGUAAUAAGCAUGUCUAGCGCAAUAGAAUCUAGAUUAUUUCUU